GGCCAUGUUUGAGGUGGAUAUGCGAGAGCGUGAUGAUGGUUCAGUAACAUUGGGUAACCAGUCUCUGGCGGCGGUGACUUCCUUCCUGGAUUUUGCGUACUCUGGAGAGAUUCUCAUCACGGAUGGAAAUGUGGACAUGCUGUUUCAGCUCGCCUCCUUUCUACAGGUGCCGGUCCUGUCCAGAGCGUGCAGUGACUUCCUGAUAGGAACCAUGGAUCUUUGCAACUGUCUGUCCCUCCUGUCCAUUGCUGAGGCCUAUGGAUCAAACUCUCUCCUCCAAAAUGCCAAUACAUUUGUGGUUCAGAACUUCAACGACCUUUCCGAAACUCAGGACUAUCUGGACAUGCAGACGAAUGUGUUGGAGGCAUGCCUAAAGUCAGACUCCCUAAACGUGCCCAGGGAGGAGGCUGUGGUGAUGUCACUUCUGAAAUGGAUACGCCAUGAUCUUCCUGCAAGACAGAAGCUGUUACCCAAAAUGUUAUCUCUAACCAGACUCCACCAUCUACCUGUGCCCAUGCUAAAGAGUCUGCGUAAAUCAGACUCUCUGCUCUGCAAUGAUGAGUCCUGUCUCAACCUGCUGUCGGAGGCUCAGAGCAGACAGAGUCAGUACAGCGGCCUGCUCUCCGAUGCCAGGCCCGCCACCACACAGAGCUACAUUUACAUCCACAAGACAGAGGAGAACGGAGAGAUCUGCCACACCUUCUGCUACUGUCUAGAAACAGACAAGUGGAAAGAGCUAGGGACAGUGCAUGGAAAGGGGACGGCCACAAUGCCAGACCCGCCAGGCUCCUACCUGACUGGCUAUGCUGAGAAGAUGUUUGUCACUGGUGGUUGCCGGGGAAACUGUUGCCGAGCUGUACGUCUCCAUGUGGCCGAGCCAUUCCAUGAUGCUACAGAUGAGGUUUGGUGCUUCUGUCCUGUGACUCUAACCUGCACACCUGUACCAGCAAUGAUGAAACCCCGAACCAUGCACACAGCUGUGACCUGCUUGGACCGAAUUUAUGUCAUCGGGGGACGAACCAAGGGACCCAGAGGCGGUGCUCCAACUCUGCUGGAGGUGGAGUAUUAUAACCCUCUGUCCCAGAUCUGGUGCUCAGUCAGCCCACUGCCCAAUGCCAUCUUCUACCCUGAGGCCAGUGCUUGUGGCAGCGUUAUCUAUAUCCUGGGAUCGGAGGUGGAGAUCACGGACUCCUUCAACCCCUCACUGGACUGCUUCUUUAGCUACGAUGUCCAGCAGGACCAGUGGAGCCGCCUGGUGGCAGAAUUUGGCCAGUUCUUCCAUGCUACACUGGUCAAGGCAGUGUCGAUUCAUAAUACACUGCACCUCUGUGACCUGUCCACUUAUAAGGUCUACAGUUUUUGUCCAGAAACCUGUGUGUGGAAGGGUGAGGGAUCGUUUGAAUGUGCUGGCUUUAAUGCUGGAGCAUUGGGUAUGAGAGAUAGAAUCUACAUCCUGGGUGGAGACUAUUCCCCUGACGAGAUCACUGAUGAAGUUCAGGUGUACUACAGUGGCAGGAGUCAAUGGGAGGAAGUGGCGCCUAUGCCCAGAGCGCUCACUGAAUUUCACUGCCAGCUCAUCAGCUUCAACAGACACAGAGAUCCAUGGGGUGACGCAGCAUGA